CUCGACGGACGCGACGCCGACGCCGACACCAAGCUCAACGGACGCAACGCCUACGCCGACGCCUACUGGUACCGACGCAACGCCGACACCGACGCCAAGCUCGACGGAUGCAACGCCGACACCGACGCCAAGCUCAACGGACGCAACGCCUACGCCGACACCAAGCUCAACGGACGCAACGCCUACGCCGACGCCUACUGGUACCGACGCAACGCCGACACCGACGCCAAGCUCAACGGACGCAACGCCUACGCCGACACCAAGCUCGACGGACGCGACGCCUACGCCGACACCUAG